AUGAUGGAUUUUGAAUCAUUACCAAAUGAGAUAUUAUUGAGCUGUUUUGAAUAUUUAAAUGGUCCAGAUAUAUUUCAUGGAUUUGGUGGAUUAAAUUGUCGUUUUAAUAUAUUAAUUCAAAAUGUUCCGUUGUAUGUUAAUUUUGAACAUAUCAGAAAAUCUAUUUUUGAUCAAUUUUGUACAAGAAUUUUAUUGAAUCCUGUGAUGAAAAGUGCUAUAUACUCAUUAAGAUUAUCAGAUGCAAUGGAUACAUGUAAUCAAAUCCAAGUAUUUCUACAUUUUUUUCACCUGAAUGAAUUUCCUAAUCUACGAUCAUUAACCCUAAUUGAUAUCGAAAGAAAUAUUUCAUUAGAAGAUAUAUUAUCAUUGUUAUCUAAUCUACGAGAGUUUUAUUUCAUUACAAAGUAUAAUCAUCGUCAUCAAUUACUAGCGUCAGUUCCGUCGACAUUGAGAGUAUUAUCGGUGUCAGAAUCAUUUCUUGAUUUUAUACCAAUUGAUAAAAUUCUAUCAGUGACACAUUUAAUACUGUCUGGUUCUGUUUAUCCAAUCCAGUUAUAUCAAAUUUUCAAAUGUUUACCGAUGUUAAAAUAUUUAAAAGUCGAAAAUUUAUGUUUUUCGAGUAACCUAGACUUAAGUCUUGUUAGUUCCAAAGCUGUUCAUUUAACACAAUUCAUUGCAGGAAUACGUUUGAUUCAAUUUGAUUCUCUUGAAUUCCUGUUCAAACAAAUGCCAAAUUUAAAAAACUUGAAUCUAUUUAGUCCUUACAGUAAAGAAAUAUGUGAUGCUUAUCGUUGGGAACGUAUUAUUUCAUCAUAA